AUGGCAGCCUUUUCAUCAUAUAAUCAGCACUACCCUUUUCUUAUUGACUCAGUUGUUCUGCAACCAAGCUCUUCCAUCAUUAAGAUUUGUGAACAACUAAACAAUGCCAAUACCACUAAAUUUCGUCAGGAUACUGUCCCUGCCAAUAUUGGUGUUCUUCAAAGUAGAUGCCUUGACCAGAGUACAAAAGUUUCUCUGAGCAAUAAUGAAUCUAAUUCUUUGAUGAGCAUAAAAAACAAGAACGGUAUGGACUCUUCUUCAGUUUCUGAUAAAUAUGAGAGUAGUGAUCAACAAAUCUCUCAGAAGGUAGCGGAGAAGAAGAAGAGAAAACGAAAAUCAAUGACAUCUUCAUCAAAUUCUACUCAAUCCAAGGAUAUGAGAGAAGUGAAAGGAAAGAAGCAAAAGAAUGCUGUAGAUAAGAAGCAGCCUGGAGAAGAGAAGAAAGCAUCUGAAGAAGAUCCAAAAGGCUAUAUUCAUGUAAGAGCAAGAAGGGGUCAGGCAACUGAUAGCCACAGCCUUGCAGAAAGGGUGAGGAGGGAGAAAAUAAGUGAAAGAAUGAAGGCACUCCAAGCUCUUGUUCCUGGUUGUGACAAGAUAACUGGAAAGGCCCUCAUGUUGGAUGAAAUUAUCAACUAUGUCCAGUCCCUGCAAAAUCAAGUGGAGUUUCUCUCGAUGAAGCUUGCUUCUGUGAAUCCCAUAUUCUAUGACUUUGGCAUGGACUUUGAUGCUUUCAUGGUUAGACCUGAUCAGAGUUUAAAUAGCUUGGCAUCACAGCUGCCAACUGUGCAACAAUGCAGCCCUACACAACCACCAAUCAUUCAUGAGACAAACACGUGCUUGUCGACAUUACCAAAUUGCUAUUAUUCUCUCCUGGAUAGUAGUAGUUCAUCUCCCCUUCUAUCUCAACAAACUCAUAUGACAAAUACUCUCCCACAGGGUAAUGGACAGCUCUUAUGGGAUGUGGAUGAGCAAAGACAAACAUUUAUUACUGCCCUACAAGCAUGCAUUGGUUACAAGAAAUUAGAAAUUGGAUGUUGUUCCCAAGUAUCUAAUUGUGAUGAAGAGCAGGAGAUGGUGGCUGUGGAUGAAUAA